CAGAUGCCAUGGAGAUGAUGAUCCUCAGCAUCCUGGGACCCAAGUUGCAUUGUGAUUGGAGGUUGCCCAGCUACCAAGUAGCCCUCAUCACAUCGCAGAGGCGGUCAGCGGCGCAUCUUCCCACAUCCUCCUCUUCCUCCUCCUCCUCCUCGACCAUGGCCCUGGUGACUCUGCAGCGCUCUCCCACCCCCAGUGCAGCAUCUUCGGCCAGCACCGCCAACAGCAGUGCGGGGGAGGAUUUUGGAAGUGAUGAAGACCGCAAAAAUAACCAAUGCCUCAACGAGAGCUUCUUCAUGGUCAAAGGCGCCGCCCUCUUCCUCCAGCAGGGCGGCAGCUCAGACGCACCCAGCACCCCCACCCACCACAAACAUGCGGGUGACUUACCUCAACACUUACAGGUCAUGUUUAAGAUCUUGCGCUCUGAAGAUCGCAUAAAGCUAGCUGUGCGGCUGGAAAGCGGCUGGUCGGAGCGGGUUCGAUACAUGGUGGUGAUCUACACCAGUGGCCAUCAGGAUACGGAGGAGAACAUCCUCCUGGGAAUGGAUUUCACUAACAAAGACAGGAAAAGCUGCUCCAUCGGGAUGGUGCUGCCCCUGUGGAGCGACACCAACAUCCACUUAGAUGGGGAUGGAGGCUUCAGUGUGAACACAGCGGGGCGCUCACAUGUCUUCAAGCCUGUGUCAGUGCAGGCCAUGUGGUCUGCCCUGCAGGUGCUCCACAAGGCAUGCGAGGUGUCGCGCCGCUUUAACUACUUCCCGGGUGGCAUCGCUCUCACAUGGAUGGCCUUCUACGAGAGCUGCGUGGCGUCAGAGCAGAGCUGCAUCAACGAGUGGAACGCUAUGACUGACCUGGAGACCACCCGGCCAGAUUCCCCCACCAUGUUUGUGGACCGGCCGACUGAAAGGGAGCAAACUGAGUGUCUCAUUAAAGCGAAGCUACGCAGCAUCAUGAUGUUUCAAGACUUGGAUAACAUCACUUCCAAGGAGAUCCGCACGGAGCUGGAGCAGCACAUGAGUUGUAACCUGACCGAAUACAAGGAGUUCAUUGAUAACGAGAUGUUGCUGAUACUGGGACAGAUGGACAAGGCUACACUCAUCUUUGACCAUGUUUAUUUGGGCUCGGAAUGGAACGCUUCCAACCUAGAAGAACUGCGUGAUUGUGGAGUGGGCUAUAUUCUGAACGUGACCAGAGAGAUUGACAACUUCUUCCCAGGGAUGUUCUCCUAUCACAAUGUCCGCGUUUACGACGAGGACGACACCGACCUGCUGGCCCACUGGAACGACACCUACAACUUCAUUGUCAAAGCCAGGAAGAACAGUUCCAAGUGCCUGGUGCACUGUAAGAUGGGCGUGAGCCGCUCCGCUUCCACUGUUAUCGCCUACGCUAUGAAGGAGUACGGCUGGCCCCUGGAGAAAGCCUACAACUUUGUCAAGCAGAAACGAGGCGUCGCUCAGCCCAACGCCGCUUUCAUGAGGCAGCUGGCGGAAUAUGAGGGAAUUUUGGACGCGAGUAAGCAGCGGCACAACAAGCUAUGGAGACCAGGAAGUGAUGAGGACGGCUCAGACGAGCGUCCGUCUUCCAGCCAGUGUUCAGGCCAGGAGGGAGAGGAAGAAGCCUGGGGGGGCUGUGGGGCGUCUCCCUGCAGAGGUCUGGAGAUGGAACCCCUGGACUCCCUCAACUACAACUACUACUUCAGACGCCUGUCGGACUCGGCCUUAGACAGCGAGCCCUCCACCCCAGUGCGGGGCCCGCCUCUCCUCGGCAUGGAGAGGGUCUUCAUCGAGAUCGAAGACGUGGAGCGAGACGCCCUCCUGGAGGACGAGGGCUUCCCCAUGGCUCAUUUAGCGUUGCCAGGCGAGGGCACGGCCGCGCAGACGUGCGGGCGCCUCGACCCCCUGGAGGACAUGAGGCUGAGGCUGGAGUUCAGCACGCUGGAGGAGGAGGACGAAGAAGAGGCCAAGAAGGAGGAGGCGGAGAUGGCCGCCCUCGCUCAAACCUCCGCUCAUUCCGAGGGGAAGAGAUCCGGGGAAGAAAGUCGGUUAGGCUUCGCCAACUUGAACACCAACAACAGCAACCGGCUAGCUGCCAAGCGCAGCUGCCCGGCUGCCUUUGACGACAGCGCGAGCACAGGCAACCCUUUAAAAGUCAAACCCUCCUACCAGUCCUGUAAAGACUGCCUUCGUCUACCACAAGGCCGGCGCUGCGAGCGUCCGGCGGGGGGGCGAUCCCACCGCCUCAACCCGUCUCGCCACUGCACCCUCCCCACCAUCUGCAUAGACCCUCCUGGAACCAUUUUCACUUCCAGUCCACUUGUCUCCAGCAGCCACUUUUACCGCUGUUCCCCCACCACCGUCCCGCUGGACAACCGUCAGAAAGUGGUGUCGCCCAUGAGCUGCCAAGACCCGACGCACGUGUCCAACGCAGUAGAGACUAUGGAUGAAGCUGAGGCGGAGGGACAUACUGGAAAUCCAGCAGAAAUCCAUUGAGGCGACCAAAUAUCGCUUGGAACUGGAGAAUCUGCCAAAUUGGACACAAAGGGAUCGGCUGCUGCCUCGACUGAGUAGCCUGAGCAUGGGCGACAGAGCGGACUGUCCUGGCUUUGAAGCUGCAGGAGCUCUUUAAGGAGCACCGAGUCAGACUAGGACCAAAAGUCCUUCUGGAAACUGAGGAUCUUGAGGAUUAUUACAAACAGGAUGGAUGCUGGGAUCCCAGGUUUGUGCAAUGCAACGUAAAAUACCUAAAAUCAGUGUUCCUUGCUGUAUAUUCCACAAUUCAGCUCACUAACAGAAGAAACUUGAUGGUUGGAUCGCCAAGACCGGAGUAUUUCACAUUAAAAGCAUUGCAUCGUUCACAGGAUUUGAGACUGUGACCACACUUGUCGUAAGGACGGAUACUUCUGUACACUGCAAAAACUGAAGUCGAACCAAGAUUGGAUCUAUGAAAUGAAGCUAAAAAUUAAUUUUUUAUUUUGACCAGCUGAUAAGCACCCAACACAGUAAUAGUGGUGAGGACCAAACUGCUCAUUCAGCAU